UUCUGCCUCCUCGCAGCGCCCCGCCUGCAUCCUGCACUACAAGCAGCCCCAGCCCGAGAACUCCUUCCACAAGUUCCCUCUGGCAUCUCAAAGAGCAAGAGUUUCGCAGCCAGCCCGGAAACCGCGUAGGGCCGGAGAGGUCUCGCAGGGACCCGGCGCGGACCCGGCGCGCAGGUAACCGGCAGACGGCGCCAUUGACCGCGCUUUCUUGCCGCAGGUGCCCAAGCAGGUGAGGAACACCUGUACCAGGUGGUGUCCCAGGUGGGGUCAAUGAAGCGCAGCCUGAGGAAGAUGCUGCGGGCUGGGGAGAAGUCGCCCCACGGCGUUGACUACCAGGACGUGGAGAACAACAAGGACGACUCCAAAAACAUUGAGGUAGAUUUUGAAGACAAUGAAUGGGGAUUCCAACAGUCUACCAAGAACCGAAAGAAAGUAAGCGAAGAUGAUGAGAACGUCUCUCCUCUGCAUCAUGCCGCAGCAGAAGGUCAAGUUGAACUGAUGAAGAUGAUUAUCAGUGACUCCUCUUGUGAAGUGCUGAAUGUAAUGGAUGAUUAUGGAAAUACCCCUCUACACUGGGCCACAGAAAAAAACCAGGUUGAAAGCGUUAAGUUUCUUCUCAGCAAAGGAGCAAACCCCAAUCUUCGAAACAGCAGCAUGAUGGCGCCUCUUCACAUAGCGGUGCAGAGCAUGCACAAUGAGGUGGUGAAGGUGUUGACUGAGCACAAUGGAACGGAUAUUAAUUUGGAAGGAGAAAAUGGAAACACAGCUCUGAUAACUGCAUGUUCCAAAGAUAACAGUGAAGCAUUACAAAUGUUGUUACAAAAGGGUGCAAAGCUAUGCAAAUCAAAUAAAUGGAGAUGUUUUCCUGUUCACCUCGCUGCCUUUUCAGGUGCUAAAAAAUGCAUGGAAUUAAUAUUGGAGUUUGGUGAGAAACGCGGGUACCGCAGAGAGUCUCAGAUAAACUUUGUGAACACUGGGAAAGCCAGCCCGCUGCACUUCGCGGUUCAGAGUGGUGACUUGGAAAUGAUUAAAUUGUGCCUGGACAAUGGUGCACGCAUAGACCUGAAGGAGAAUGGGAAGUGCAUGCCGCUUCACUUUGCUGCCACCCAGGGAGCCACUGAGAUUGUUAAACUGAUGAUAUCUUCCUAUUCUGGUAGUAGUGAUAUCGUUAAUGCAGUCGAUGGAAAUCACGAGACCCUACUUCACAGAGCCUCAUUAUUUGAUCACCAUGAACUAGCUGAAUACUUAAUAUCAGUGGGAGCUGACAUUAAUAUCACCGAUGCUGAAGGACGCUCUCCACUUAUGUUAGCAACUGCUUCUGCAUCUUGGAGCACUGUAAAUUUACUGCUUUCUAAAGGUGCUCAUGUAGAUAUAAAAGAUCAUCUUGGACGUAAUUUUUUACAUUUGACUGUGCAGCAACCUUAUGGGUUAAAAAAUUUGCAUCCUGAAUUUAUGCAGAUGCAAUGUAUUAAAGAGCUGGUAAUGGAUGAAGACAAUGAUGGAUGUACUCCUUUACAUUAUGCUUGCAGACAGGGAGUCCCUGUCUCUGUAAAUAACCUACUUGGCUUUAAUGUGUCCAUUCAUUCCAAGAGCAAAGAUAAGAAAUCACCCCUGCACUUUGCAGCCAGUUAUGGACGUAUCAACACCUGUCAGAGGCUCCUCCAAGACAUAAGUGAUACGAGGCUUUUGAAUGAAGGUGACCUUCAUGGGAUGACUCCUCUACACCUGGCAGCAAAAAAUGGACAUGACAAAGUAGUGCAGCUUCUUCUGAAAAAGGGUGCACUGUUUAUCAGUGACCACAAUGGCUGGACUGCCUUACAUCAUGCUUCCUUGGGUGGAUACACUCAGACCAUGAAGGUCAUUCUUGAUACUAAUUUGAAGUGCACAGAUCGGCUAGAUGAAGAAGGGAAUACUGCGCUUCACUUUGCUGCGAGGGAGGGCCACGCCAAAGCUGUGGCGCUUCUUCUGAGCUACGAUGCCGACAUCGUCCUGAACAAGCAGCAGGCCUCCUUUCUGCACGUGGCACUUCACAAUAAGAGGAAGGAGGUGGUUCUCACAGCCAUCAGGAACAAAAGAUGGGAUGAAUGUUUAAAGGUUUUUAGUCAUCAUUCUCCAAGCAAUAAAUGUCCAAUCAUGGAAAUGGUAGAAUAUCUUCCUGAAUGCAUGAAAGUACUGUUAGAUUUCUGCAUAGUGCCUUCCACAGGAGACAAAUCCUGCCGAGAUUACCAUAUCGAGUAUAAUUUUAAGUAUCUUCGGUGUCCAUUAUCAUUCACUAAAAAAUACGCACCUGUACAGGAUGUUACAUAUGAGCCUCUUCCUAUCCUAAAUGUAAUGGUACAACAUAACCGUAUAGAACUUCUCAAUCAUCCUGUGUGUAAAGAAUAUUUACUUAUGAAAUGGUGUGCUUAUGGAUUUAGAGCCCAUAUGAUGAACCUAGGAUCUUACUGCCUUGGUCUCAUACCCAUGUCCUUGCUUGUUGUCAAUAUAAAGCCAGGAAUGGCUUUCAAUUCAACUGGGAUCAUCAAUGCAACUAGUGAUCAUUCAGAAAUAUUAGACACCACGAACUCAUAUCCAAUAAAAGUUUGUAUGAUUUUAGUUUUUUUAACAAGUAUAUUUGGAUAUUGCAAAGAAGUGGCUCAGAUUUUCCAACAGAAAAAGAAUUAUUUUAUGGAUUAUGGUAACUUGGUUGAAUGGAUUAUUUACACAACCAGCAUAGUUUUUGUGCUGCCCUUGUUUGUUAGCAUACCAGCUUAUAUGCAGUGGCAAUGUGGAGCAAUUGCAAUCUUCUUCUAUUGGAUGAACUUUUUAUUGUAUCUUCAAAGAUUUGAAUAUUGUGGAAUUUUUAUUGUUAUGUUAGAGGUAAUUCUGAAAACUUUAUUAAGGUCUACGGUAGUAGUUGUCUUCCUCCUGUUGGCCUUUGGACUCAGUUUUUACGUCCUCCUGAGUGCACAGGAUGCCUUCAGCUCGCCGUUGCUUUCUAUAAUCCAGACCUUCAGCAUGACAUUAGGAGAUAUCAAUUAUCGAGAUGCCUUCCUAGAACCAUAUUUGAGAGAUGAAUUGGCAUAUCCAGUUCUGUCCUUUGCACAACUUAUUGCCUUCACUAUGUUAGUCCCAAUUGUCCUCAUGAAUUUACUUAUAGGUUUGGCAGUUGGUGACAUUGCUGAGGUUCAAAAACAUGCAUCAUUGAAGAGGAUUGCUAUGCAGGUGGAACUUCAUACCAGCUUAGAGAAAAAGCUGCCACUCUGGUUCCUACGCAAAGUGGAUCAGGAAUCCACCAUUGUAUAUCCCAACAGACCCAGAUAUCAGGGGACAUUAUCACGUGUACUUCAAUAUAUUUUUUACAUCAAUGAAACCAGACAAGAAGUGCCAAAUACUGAUACAUGUUUAGAAAUGGAAAUACUGAAGCAGAAAUACCGGCUGAAGGAUCUCACUUCUCUCUUGGAAAAACAGCAUGACCUGAUUAAACUCAUCAUCCAGAAGAUGGAGAUCAUCUCUGAGACAGAGGAUGAAGAUAACCAUUGUUCUUUUCAAGACAAGUUUAAAAGAGAGCAACUGGAACAAAUGAAUAGUAAAUGGAAUUCUGUGUUGAGAGCAGUAAAGACCAAAAUGCACAACCUUAGUGUUAGUUACCCAGACUUUCAAUAGAACUUAUAGGGGCAUGGCUAACUAGAUCUAAUUUCCAAUUUGGAAAGAGUGAAGUAGCAGCAGCAACCUAGUUGAUGUUACUACAUGGGAAAUCAUUGUUCCUGCAGUCUAUGUAAAUAGAAAUUCUCUCUCUCUCUCUCUAAGGUAGAUAAAUUGAUUGAUUUAUUUCCAAUACAUGGUGGUUUGCAGAACAUAUAUAUAUAGAUAUAUUUUUCUGCCAACCACCAUGUAUUAGAAAAUUUUUGCUGCUAUAUUCCAGUUGGAUUUUACAUAAAUAAAAGGCAAUUUCAUUACAUGAAUGCAUAAAAAUCUAAUUUUCAAGAACACAUAUGCUUAAUGAUAAGGAGUAAUAUAUGUAACUAUUAAGAUUGAAUGAAGACAAUUGACAAUCCUGAUUCUUGCUUAAUAAUUAUAUAUGAUGCCUUAGUCUCAAAUAUUUAAUGCCUUAUAGAGUAGUCUCAAGUCUUAGAUUGAGAGCUCCCCGGUGGAAAGUCUUGUGUAUUGGAACAACCUAUGGAUGACACACUAUGUACUUUGGUCCCACUAAUAAACAGCAACAUACCAUCCCUAUCUGGCCCCAGCACACUUGAUAUAAUGUUAAGUCAUGAGUUGAAGUCCAACUAAUAAACUUUAUAGAAUGCAUGAAUUUUAUCCUAGAAAAUAUGUUAUUUCUGUCUGUUUUUGCCAAUGGUCAUAACAAAUAUAAAUUUUAUAUGUUCAUUGCUCAGUGCUCGUUGUAUAAGCCUUUUGUUGCAUUUAGUUUUUUGAGAUUUGCAAAAAUGCCUCCAUCAUAUACACCCUUUUUUCUUUUGAUGUCUGGUGCAAAGUAUGAAUUAAAUACAUACUUCAUCAUUAAUCUUA